AUGGAUUCGCUGGAAACAUUCCCCACUGAGCUUUUGAGUAUCAUAAUAGGCGACCUUACCACGCAAGAUUCCCUAAAAAGCCUCUCCUCUGUCAGUAGGAGGUUUAGGAUUCUUUGUGUGCCAUUUUUAUUCCACAGAUUGCGCGUGGAUUUCUCGAUCGCCGGGUUCAAACGAUUGGAGCAAAUAUCUGUGUCGGAUAUUGCUCAGUAUGUGAAAGUCAUUCAAUACUACGCUCCUGAGCUUAUAGAUCCUUCCGAGUACGUUCGGGACCAGAAAGACUUAAUCUGGAGUUUUCGCGGGAAACAGGUGCCCUACAAAGAUAUAUACACUUACUUUUCUCACUUGGUACACGAACAGCGAGAAAUUCUCCAAAGCUUUCCUCGUUUUCGGGGUCUGCAGAGUAUCGAGGUGGAGUUUGCGGAUGGAAUCAAGAGCCCAUUUCGAUGGUUCGCCAGCCGGCUCUUUGUGGAUUGGGAAGAAUCGUUUCUAUUGCAUUUUGAGGCUCUACUUGAUGCAAUACUCGCUACGAAGAGAGAAGGCACUCGCAUAACAAGUUUAAAAAUUUCCGGAUUCUACUCCCACUUACCGAUGACGGACUUCUACUUGGCUGAGAAACUUACAGCGGCAGUAGAGGAUAUUGCAAAUGCCAUGACCACUGUUCCUUUUCCAGCUCUUCGUCAGCUGGUUUUAGGUCAUUGUUGGCUUGGUGAAUCGGAGCUUGGAGGAUUUGUCACGAACAAAGCAGAUACGCUUCAGUGCUUAGAACUCAAUAAUGUAUCUGUGUCGGCGGAGAAAGUACAUCCCUCAGGGAUAAGCUUAUAUCGUUGUGAUAUACAAGCCGUUGCAGAGAGUAUGCUGCGGAUCAGAAGUCAGGGAAUCUUACGCAGGAUUAUUAUUAAUGGAAUAGUGUGGUGA